GCGGGGGGCGCAGGGAUGGCGGAGCAGAGGCGGAGGCUGGUGCGGCUGGCCGUGCUGGAGGAGCUCCGGGCUGCGUACGGGAUCAAGGUGAAGAGCGGGAGCUGCCUGGCGGUGGCCAAGACACCGGGAGCUGCCCCGGCGGAGGGUAAAAUCUUUGGAAUAUCUUUUCAUGCGUUGCCACAAUCACUUGUGCCAGAAUAUGGUUAUAUUCCAAGCUUUCUCAUUGAUACAUGUGGAUAUUUGGAAGAACACAUUCAUACUGAGGGGCUCUUCAGAAAGUCUGGAUCUCUUGUUCGCUUAAAAGCCUUAAAGAGCAAACUGGAUCAAGGUGAAAACUGCCUCUCAGCUGCACUGCCAUGUGAUGUUGCAGGGCUUCUCAAACAGUUCUUUAGAGAGCUGCCAGAACCCAUCCUUCCACCUCACCUGCAGGAAGGCCUAUUAAAAGCUCAGCAGCUUGGAAAUGAGAAGAAAACUGCAACCAUGCUGCUGUCCUGUUUGAUGGCUGACAGAACAAUUGCAGCUUUGAGAUACUUUUUCAACUUUCUGAGAACUGUGUCCUUAAGAUCCAAUGAAAACAGAAUGGAUAGCAGUAAUCUGGCAGUGAUUUUUGCUCCUAACCUCUUGCACUCGAAUGAAAAUGAAAAGAUGUCCAGUAGUACAGAAAAAAAAAUUCGCUUGCAAGCUGCUGUUGUGGAAACACUUAUUGACCAUGCAGAGGAAAUAGGACAAGUACCAGAAUUUAUCUUGGAAAAGAUUCCUGCAAUGUUGGGUGUUAAUGUCUUUCAAUCUACUCCCUCACUGUGGGGCCAGGAAGACAGUGAAAAUGAAUCUCCCAGUGAAUGUAAGAGGAGGAGGCACCGAAGUGUUGGGGAUAUUGUUAGUGGAGCAUUGAAUAAAUUUAAAUCUAACAGAACACCCUCCACUACACCUCAACAAGACAGAAGCGUCCUUUCAUCAGUGACUCCAGUGGUCCUUACUCCAAGUACCAAGCGGAAACUUCCAGCUGAUUGCUCUCAGGGCUUGUCCAGCAAGAAGAGACGCUCUUUUAAGCAUAAUUUUGCCUUUGAGUUUUUACCAAGUAGCAUAUUUAACAGCAUCUCAACACCAGCAUCAGUUCAGUUUGAAGCAAGUCCUUGUGUAUGUCUUGAAUCUUCACAAACCUCACUAUCUCCUUCAACCAUGGGUGAAAAUAAUGUGUCCAGUACAGGAAAUAGAAGAAGUAAAAGACUUGCAAGCAAAAAACUAUACAGGAUGAAAGUGGCUGCCACUAUGAUAACUACCUUGCUUUGCAACAUGGUAUUUCUGCUGGCAUUUGGAUUGGCUUCAGCUUUUAGCCACAGCCCUCGGACACCAGACAGGGUUACUGAAGCAGAUAUUCAGAGGCUGCUCCAUGGGGUUAUGGAGCAAUUGGGCAUUGCCAGACCCCGGGUAGAAUAUCCAGCACACCAGGCUACGAAUCUUGUUGGUCCACAGAGCAUUGAAGGUGGUGCGCAUGAGGGUCUCCAGCACUUGGGUCCUUAUGGCAAUAUCCCAAACAUUGUGGCUGAGCUGACAGGAGAUAAUGUACCAAAGGAUUUCAGUGAAGAUCAAGGAUAUCCUGACCCUCCAAAUCCCUGCCCUAUUGGAAAAACAGUUGAUGAUGGGUGUCUAGAAGACACCCCAGACACAGCAGAGUUCAGCAGGGAAUACCAACUGCACCAAAACCUUUUUGAUCCAGAGCAUGACUAUCCCAACAGGGGCAAGUGGAGCAAGAGUUUACUCUUUGAGAAAAUCAACGGUGGUCCAAAAAGAAGAAAGAGGAGUGUGAACCCCUAUCUUCAAGGACAGCGACUGGAUAAUGUUGUAGCAAAGAAGUCUGUUCCACAAUUUUCAGAUGAAGACAAAGGUCCUAAAUAAGUACAAUAAAAAUGAAAGAUAAAAACUCAUGCCAUCCUCCUCUAGAUCACGAUAUUGCUUAUAUAUAAUCAUCUAUUAAAAUCUUUGUGAAUGGUUGCAUGCUUAUUAUUUAUAUAAUUGUAGAUGAAAAACAGCUGUAUUUAUAACAUCAUGUUCUCCUAGAUGAUAAAAGUGUGGUUCUGCUUUUUGUUAAGUUACGGUAAAAGGACAUUUCUGUUGUUUUUAUUUUAGUCACUGAGCAAACUUUAAAAAUGUUAGUCAUUUUUGAUAGCUAAUGUGAGGUAACUGGUCUUAAUGAGAAACUUGUAAAUAGGAAGAUGAAAAAAAAAAAACAAGUUUGACUCCAACAUUUAAUCUUAAAUGUUACUAUGUUUGACACAUGAAAAUUAUAGUUUUAUGUUUUGUUCACAAAUAUUGUUACUUAGCAAAGACAAAGUAUUUAUUUUACGCAGAGAUUUUUGGCUUUUGGUCCAUUUUAAUAAACAUUUAAGCAAUCUACAAGGUUUGCAAAGUGACAUUUUCCAAAAUAUUUCAGAGGCUCGUUUGUCUCUGUUAUUGCUGUGCACAUUUAAAAAUUAAAGAACUGUUUUUGACUGUAUUCACUGAAAUAUUUUUCUGUUAGUUUUAAUCAUUCCAUGCCCACAGCUUUCUUGAACACUUGAACAUCUUCCUUCCUUAUCAAUGGAAGUGUUAUGUGAAAAUUAAUUUGCCCUGCUGUUCUUUGUCUUAGUAACUGUAGCAUUUGUGCAUUAUAGUGUUGAAUUACGAGUAAAGAUGAAGACAUUUGUCUGUGUUAAUAAGGUUGUGUCAACAACCUCUGAAUCUAAAUCCAGGAUGUGAAGGUCAUUACAGUUGAUCUUCUGAAAAAAUAUGCUACUCUAAUACCACUCGUAGCUAUCAUUGCUCUUGAAGUUGUUCUGGGAAGCUUAAAUUGCCUUUUUGCCCCUAGGAGACUGAAGAACUUUAUGUUCCAGAGUUCUUCCUUUCUGAAAGAUGAGAACACACCUAAAUAUUUCAAACCAUGUGAAUGGACCACUGGAAUUAUAGAAAACAGCAUUAGUUUACAGCUGAUACUACAAAUAAUAUCAGGGAAAUUGUGGGGGGAAAAAAGUAGUUUCCUUCCCCAUCCUGUAGAGAGAUACAGGGAAAUAAUGAUGACCUCUUAGAAAAAAGAAAACAAAUAAGAAAUUAAGGUUCCUAGAUAUAUAAAAUUAACAGGAUAGCACAAAUAAAACCAUUGGUGGCAUUUGCUUUUUUUGUCCCAUCACUUAGUUAUUUGUAAUAAAUUAUGUAUGUAGAGAAUUGGCCCUCUCAUGCCAUAUAUGGUAGAUUGCAAAAUUCUAACAUUUUGGAACAGACUAUCAUGUCUUUCGUCAUACUUCCUUUAAAAAAAAAAAAUCUUGAAGAGAAAAAUGAAUAGUAUGUCAUAAAGUGGAGUUUAUACUCACAUAAGACACAAAAAUGAGGAAUUUUGAUGACUCACAGAGCUCCUUUGGCUUCCAGUGGCCAGAACAGGAUGGGAGCAGUCUAGCCGUUCAUGUGACAGAACUUGUAUUCUCUGCAUCUUAAGCUUACUCUUUUUAUCUGCACUCCUGCUUAGUCUUCACACAGGUAUUGAAAGCUUCACAGCUACAAAGGUUGCUCCAAAACUAACAAAGAGUCUAUAUAUAUCAUGGCAUAAAUCUGACAUUAAAACCUGCUGAUGCCCAGUGGCCCAGAGUGUGUGAAAUGGUCAUUCCUUCCAGCUAACGCUGCUGCCAGCCACUGAUGGAGCUAAAAGGCUUCCAGGCAUUUGGAGGCUAGACUGCCAUUCCUAAGAAAUUGGUGUUUCUUCAGAUCCUUGGCUGUUCCAUUGAUACUUCUGAAGUAAUCUGAGUUAGUUACAUUCUGUCCUUAUAGUCCAGUAAAAUCCAUUUGAAUCACAAAAAUGAAGCCAUCAUGGUGGCAAUUUAUUUAAUAUUUUAAGCUCUUUUUAAGGACAAGUGCAUAAUAAAAUGUCUGUACAGUAAACAGGGGGCUUGAAAAGGGAAGGGCAAAGAAGCAUUGCUUGCUUAAUAGUAUCAAUAAUCCCACAUGUUAUUUUGUGAAGCACUCCAGGUCACUCCAACCCUGUGUGGGAAUGUGAAAUCCAGCACUGCAGACUGGCCAGAACAAGGACACCUGGCAGGCUGCCUGCGGACUGCAUGCCACCAGAGAAGCUGCCCCUCUGUGUAUGAUAGAUCUACACAGUGCAGGCAGAGGAAAAAUAUCACAAUUCAGACCUGGUUUUAUCCUUAAAUACAAGCAAAGAAAAAAACAUCUUUGCACAAAACAAUUACGCGUCUUACAGGAACUGUCAAGUGUGUGGUGGUGAGCAGCUGUUUGCUGCGUUCAUCAGGCAGCUUGAGUGUUUCACCAGGAAGACUCUGCAGUACUAUUGUGAAAUUUUAAUAAAAUAUAGCUAUUGCACCAUGAUAAUAAGAUUCAUUAUUCUAAUUGCAGUUUCAUGGCAGAGCUGUCUUUUGGUACUGGAAUAGGCUAGUCCCAUAUAGAUUAAAAAAAAAAAAAAAAAAAACAACGACAAAAAACCCCAAAACAAACAAACAAAUAAACAACCCAAAAAAAUAACACCAACCAAAAAAUCAACAAGCAAAAAUCCUUGUCCCUUCUACUGUUCCAACAACAGUCCAAACAUCCAUAUGUAGUUUUUCAAACAGAAUAAUCAGUGGUGGUCUUUCAGAAUCAAUGAACAAAGUUACCAACUAUCUCACCCGACUCAGAGUUCACCAAACCAAUAUUUACAAGAGUGUAAAUAGCUGCACAUGUGUAAUUGCCCUUUUACCUUUAUGAUGCAUGUGAAUUAAGGAGCAUGUAUACUGAUAUUGUUGUUUAGAAUUUUCAUCAAAUUAAAACCUUUUAGAAUAUUUUAAAAACUGAAAGUGUGUUAAUUAACACAUUAGAAACACAAUGUGCUUGAAGGAAGCUAUACAAAAUAAAGUGUAUUGCCCUGAAAAA